CCACAUCGGGAUCGUGUUUCUCUACUUCGACAAUCACCAUAAGAUUUCUGUUGGAUGCGCUUUUGGUGGACAUUUCGCAAUUCUUAUAUUGUGUAGUCCACAAGGACCAUAAUUUGUCAGGCUUGUCGCAUGUCAGUGGAAGAUGGUAUAUGCAGGUGGCUCAAGUGUCAUGCAAGCUAUUUCAGAAAAUGUUAGCGCAUAUUGUCGGAUACACAUAGAAGAUUUGACGCCAGAUUCGAUAAUGGAUAUCUCAACGAUUUUAUGGCUGAGGAUAUGCUGUGUAUUUUCCCGGCAGCUUGAUGACUUUCAAUUAAUAAUUAUGGAACUUAUAUGUAUUCUUCGUUGGUUUUUUGUACAAGUAAUCGUGUACUUCGAGUUUGAUUUGAUUGUGAUUCUAUGUAGGUUACGAGCACUUCAAUAUCUUGCAAUUUGA